AUGAAGCCAGACCACGAAGUCAACACGCCGAUCCACGCUGAAGAUGGCGAAGUUGGCAAGAACCAAGCGAACCUCGAUCUCGUCGAUAACGAAGUUGCACAAUAUGUCGCCGAGUCACGAGUCCAGAUCGACGAGGACACGAACAAGCGUCCCAAGAGGAUGAUAGACAAGCGCAUUUUGGUCGUCAUGGUCGUCACCUACUUUACCCAGUCGCUUGAUAGAGGCACUAUGUCGUUUGCCUCGAUCAUGGGUAUCAUUCAGGACGCGAACCUUGCCCCGAACCAGUAUUCGUGGUUCACAACAAUUAUGUAUCUCGUCGUUCUGGUGGUUGAGUAUCCUGAAAAUUACCUCCUCCAACGUCUACCCAUUGCAAAGUGGCUGUCGAUCAACGUCAUUCUCUGGGUGACCACAUUGGCUUUGCACGCUGCCGCCCCCAACUUUGUCGGACUCCUCGUUCUCCGUGGCUUCCUUGGUGGCUUUGAGGCAGUCUGUCAGCCUGCUUUUGUGCUUCUUUCUUCUACAUGGUACAAGAAGGAGGAACAAGCGAGUACUAUUGUGUAUUGGUACAUGAUGAACGGUAUCCAACAGAUCCUGGGCGGGCUUCUUGCAUUUGCCUUCUCCUUCGUCCCCUCGACCUCCCCGAUCAAGUCAUGGCAGGCCCUUUUCAUGACAUAUGGAAUAGCGACUGUGUUCUGGGGCUUCUUUGUCCUCUUUUGGAUGCCCGAUUCGCCCAUGAAGGCGAAGUGCUGGUCAGAAGAAGACAAGAAGCUCAUGGUAGAGCGGGUACGAGAGAACAGAACAGGAGUUCAGAAUCGUGUGUUUCGCAAUGAACAGAUCUUUCACGCUAUCUUGGACCCUCAAGUGUAUGCGUUCGCUUUGAUUCAGAUCUGCACAACUCUGCCUGCCGGUGGUAUUGGGGCCUACGCCAACAUCCUCGUCAAGUCUUUCGGCUUUUCUACAUGGGAGACUCAGCUUCUGCAAAUGCCAAUCGGCAUCGUUAUGCUCACCGUCAUGCUGACCUCGGCAUGGGCUGACCGGAAGUUCAAGCAGACCAUUCUGAUCAUGAUGCUCGGUCUUUUACCCACCAUCGCUGGCGUUGUGGUGCUCAUCUCCCAGCCAUUCCAUCACGGCAAAAGAGUCGAGCUCCUAAUUGCAUACUACAUCAUCUACUCAUUCUGGACCUGCUCUGGCCUGGCACUGUCUCUUGUGUCUCGAAAUGUCGCGGGCCAAACGAAGAAAUCGGUUGUCAUUGCUAGCAACUUUGUCUUUUGGGCCGUGGGCAACGCCAUUGGCCCUCAAUGCUUUCGGGACAAGGACGCACCGCGCUACUUCCUUGCACUGGCCAUCAUUCUCGGCUGUUUUGUAUUCCUUGAGUUGGUCUUGAUCACGCUUCGAACAUACUACGUGUUUAUGAACAAGAAACGAGACGCGAUGGUUGCCAGUGGAGAGAUCGUCGAUGAUGUUGACUUUGCUCAUGCUUUCGAGGAUAUCGCCGACAAUAGAAAUCCGCACUUUCGGUACCAUUACUAG